CAGACGGGAAUUCAUCUGUGGGUUCAAUGGUUCUGCAGGAACAGCCAUUAUCACAGAGCAGCACGCUGCCAUGUGGACAGACGGACGAUAUUUCCUCCAGGCCAGCCAGCAGAUGGACAACAACUGGGCUCUGAUGAAGAUGGGACUGAAGGAGACACCGUCACAGGAGGACUGGCUGAUCAGCGUCCUGCCAGAAAACUCCAAAGUGGGAGUAGAUCCUUGGAUCAUUGCUGCUGCAUCAUGGGAAGAUCUGUCGUAGUCCACUACACCAAUGGAUCACGGAUGGUGUGUGCAAAUAUCUUACCAGACACCGAUAUAAAUGGACAUUGGACUCUUGCAAAGGGUACAUUUAAAGGAACAGUGUCUGGGACAAUCACACUGCGCCAGCAAGUGUUUCCUGAUGGGGGUAGCAGUGAUGUCACACUGAAUGUGGACCUCAAGUCAUCUGCAAGUCAAGGUAUUCCUGCGGCCUCCCUGUUUAUCACAAGCAGCCGUGUGAAUGCCACGAGCGGCUCGUGCACCAGCGUGGGAGACACUUUCAACCCCUUCAACAUGAAACUACUGAGCUCCAGCUGUUCGCUCCAAAACCAGUUGAGCUGUGCGGUGGGGGAAUUUUCUGCAAGGCAAGGCAAUGUCAGUCUGACAGGGAGAGAAGUUUACACUGACAGCAACAUCCAGCUCUCAGGAGACCACACAGUUGUCUACAGGUCUCUUGUGCUGACGAGUGGCAACAACAUCCUUGGGUGUGCCAACAUCCUCCCAGAAUCCCCGUCUGCAAAACAGACCUUUAUUAAAGUGAGAUCCUUUAGCCGGUAUGAUUUCCGAAGGAGAGUUGCAGAUGUUCUGCAGGCAGAAAUGGCGAGGAUAACCAUCUUGCCCGGCUCUCCCUUCUUUACAAAACGUGGCAAGUGCCAAACGGUCAACUUCAUGGUGUCGGGAAAUGUCAGCACACAACUUCUUAAGUCCGUUGAAAGCAGCCAGCUGAUGGGCCCGUUCAGAGGAAAAGGCCGAUGUGGAAGUGAGUGCCGUUCUGAUUUCUCCAGAAACUUCUGCAGGACAGCUGGUGCUGCUGGAAAUCUUCUCACUGUGUCUGAUGUGUGCUGCUGCCUUCCUGCUGCCGUCUGCAGCCUCUUUAUAAAAGCAGGGGAGCUUCUGCGGCUUCUUCGGCAGGCAAUGAGGAACUGCAAAUAUUUCUCAGAGCCAAUCAAUGCUUACAUAGUCCCAUCUGGAGAUGCACAUCAGAGUGAAUACAUUGCACCAUGUGACUGCAGACGGGAAUUCAUCUGUGGGUUCAAUGGUUCUGCAGUUUUGGACGCCGAUGGCAGCAAAAUGAGCGGAGCCCCGAUGGCGGAGAGACUCCAUCUGAACAGGACGAUGGGUUUCGAACCACAGGACGGGGAGGCGGACACGCCCAUGUCUGAGGUCAGAGUGUUCAACAUCGUCAUCAUCGGCCUGGCCUUGUUCGUUCUCGUCGUCACCGGCCUGUACUGCAUCAGCAUCUGCUACAGCCGCAGCAGGCAGUCAAAGAGAGCCCUUAUUUACGAGAGCGCCGUGACUCGUGACGAGAAGGAAAGUCCAGUGGCGGUCAAAGCUGUGAAGAGGUCGACCAGCUUCAUCAACCCUCUGGCGUUCUUCAGGAGGCCCGAGGCUGCGAAGGACAACUCCAGAGUCUACUUUAUCUACAGUAACCCUCUGCCCGUGGGACUGAACGAGGAAGAGGAGGAGGAGCACAAAAAAGCCACCACCAUUAACACCAGCAGUAGACCGCAGCAGCAGACUUUGCUGACAAUGCCGCCAUCGUUACGAGAGUACGCCAGCGACCCCAGCAGCGGAUUCAUCCUGGACUCUCCCAUAUUUUACAUGCAGCUUUAAACAGUUAGAAGAAAAGCAUCGGCUAUGAAGUUAGUCUCGUCUGUAGCUUUGUCCACUGUCCACUAUCAGAACCUUGUAGGUUAAAGCGGUGCUCCCCAACCUUCUUGUUAAGACUUCGCAAAUUUGCUGCGGACCGGGGAGAGGGCUGCGCGCGCGUAGGCAGGAGACCAAAACCGAUGCUGUUUGUGGGCUCAAUGUUGCCGCGCAAGACGUAACCGACAGAAUCCGGUUAAAGGAUUUUCAAAAUAAAAGAUCCUCCAGACUCAAUACACAACACGAAAAUAUUUAAUUACUUCUUGCGCGGCCCGAAACCAAUUGGUCCACGGACCGGUGGUUGGGGACCACUGGGUUAAAGGAUUCAUCUUCCGUUUCAUUAACUCAGUGCAAAAAUGCAAGAGCCAGGAGAAAAGUUUUGACUUUAUGAUGACCCGGACUCAAAAUACGAGUCAUGGCCGUGUAAUUCUUUUAUUUAAAAAAUCCCACAACAAUAUCUCCAUAAGGACAAAUGUAUUAAGUUAACUUUUCUCUUUUUUUCCCCCCCUUUUUAGCAAACAACAUUGAAAUGGAUAGUUGUGGUAAAAUCAACAUGUUUUCCUAUCGUUUCCUUUUAAGUCUAGUUUUUGUUUCUCCAUGUUGAUUAGGACUAAUUUUUAACAUUAAAGGUUAUUUUGUAUUCAUUGAUUUAAAAAUACCUUGUUAUAGUGCCUAAAUACAACUCAUUUGUAAACACUAAUAAAACCGUUAUUGUAAUA